GAAUGGCUCGAUCCUAACGGUAUUCCUGGAGGUCCCCUUAAGUUCUUACACAUUGACGGCCCGAAUAAGAAGGUGAUCUCUGAAUUACGAGUUGUAGCACGUGAAAAGCGGCGCGCUGAAAGGCAAGUUGACGCUGGACACUUGCGUUAUGAUGCCACGAGACAAUAUGACUUCCACUGUUCAGAAAAUCGCCAAACAGGCCCUUACGACUUUCCGAAACCCCUCUAUUGUCGGAGAACACAAUAAAGUGUUCUUGGAAAAUCAGAGCAAGCUGAAAAACCUUUUAGCGGAGGUCAGAGCGGCCGAUUUGAAGAUUGUACCGCGGAGCGUCGAGAGCGCGUCGAUGAUCCCGCCUCAGCGUCUCGCACCUCCCGCAACAUACAUGCACAUCUACGAGACCGACACCUUCAGCAUGGGGGUGUUUUUAUUAAAAACUGGUGCUUUUAUACCCCUGCAUGAUCACCCGGGAAUGUACGGCAUGCUGAAAGUGAUCUACGGAAAGGUACGAAUCAGCUGUUUCGACAGGCUGGAUACACCUAGAGAGGGAACCAGCGGUGUGCAGUUCAACCCUCCACUGAUGCCCUUCCAGAGGAGCUCUUUACGGCCUUCAGUGCUGAGGUCUGUGGGGGAAUACACGGAGGACAGCGGCCCGUGUGUGCUGUCGCCACACAAGGACAAUAUCCACCAGAUAGACGCUGUUGACGGACCCACCGCUUUCCUUGACAUCUUAGCGCCGCCAUAUGAGCCGGACAAAGGGAGAGACUGCCACUAUUAUAAAGUUUUACAUGCUCAUUCAGAGGCUGCAGAUAGGAAUAGUGAAGCCCAGGAACAGGGUGAUGUGUGGCUUAUGGAAAUACCACAGCCUAGUGAAUUCUGGUGUGGUGGAGAACCUUACCCAGGGCCUAAAGUGUCCCUCUGAAGCACUAUUGGGUUCUGGUUGA